AUGUUUAUAGGAAAUAUUUUGCAAUUGGAUUUUGAUGAUAAUUACUUGCUCCCGGAUUCAACAAACGAUGUUGAAUAUCGCAUUGAUUUGGGGAAUGAUAAAGUAAUAUAUGUGGAAAGAUUAAAUGAUAUUGGGGAGUUAAAUCAGUUAAAUGAUGAUAAUAUUCUUAAACUAGACGAACAUAAUAUUGUUGAUGAAAGCGGAGAACUGCCUAUUAUUGUUGAAGAGAAAGCAGCAGAGACAAAACGUGGUCGAAAGAAGAUCGACACUGGACCAUUUAAAUGCGAUAAAUGUGACUUUGAAUGUUUUAAAAAAGAUUUAUUGUAUACACAUCGUCAUCGUAAACAUAAGGUAGACGCACUUCUUAAGUGCCCAAAAUGUGAGAGAAUAUUCAAUCAAAUUGCAAAAUACGAAAGUCAUUUAAAGCGCCCAACAUGUGACACCUAUCCGGAAUUUACUUGUGAAUACUGUGAGAAACGUUGUAUUGGAUUAGCUAACUUUAAUAUACAUAUGCGAUUUCAUAAGAAACAAUAUCCAUUUGUAUGCCAUUUAUGCGGUAAAGAAUUUAUGAUGGCGGUACACCUUAGAAAUCAUAUAAAAGUUAAACACGAAAAUCAACGCUAUUGUUGUGGUUAUCCUGGCUGCGACAAACUCUUUCAAACUUCCCACGCACUCCAAACUCAUUACUAUAGUCAUGUGGGUCAAUUACCCUUUGAGUGUGAGUACUGUAAGACUGGAUUUCCAACAAAGGGCAGAUUAAGUUGGCACAUUAAUAAACGCCAUGGCUUUAAAGUUGAAGUUGAGCAACUGGAACGUAUGCGUGUUUGCGAAAGUGUUGUAGCGAAGAAGAAAGUAGUAACUAUAACCCACGAAGAAAUGGAACCAGAUCUAGAAGAAUAUUAUUUAGAAAUAGAUACAUAACAAAAACUAAAAACAAAAAAAAAUAAUAUUUAGUACUGAAUAAAGAAAA